UUGUUUGUUGCAGGCGUAAUCGAGUGUCUCAAGAUUUCGACGAGGGAGAAGUGUGAACGAAUAGCCAAGUUCGCCUUUGACUAUGCAACUAAACAUGGUAGAAAGAAGGUGACGGCUGUUCAUAAAGCCAAUAUCAUGAAGCUAGGCGACGGCUUAUUCCUGAAAAUAUGUGGAGAGAUUGCGAAGCAGUACCCGAAGAUUGAAUUUGACUCUAUGAUCAUUGACAACACUUGCAUGCAAUUGGUGGCGAAACCGGAACAAUUUGAUGUAAUGGUCAUGCCAAAUCUUUAUGGAAAUAUUAUAGAUAACCUCGCAGCAGGGUUGGUUCAUUUUCUCCAUGUCAUCUAUAAAUCCAGCAGUCAUAUCUGA